AUGGCGUCGUCGCCCCUAGCGCCGAUGUGGACGCUUCUUCUCGCCCACUCCUCGCCCUCCUUCCUCUCGACGUACGGCCUGUUCAUCCUGCACGAGGUGUUCUACUGGGGCACGUACCUGCCGUUCCUGGUGCUGGACCUGAUGCCGUCCUUCACGCGCUACAAGCUGCAGCCCUCCAAGCCAGCGACGCGGUCCGCGAUCGCGCACUGCGCCUCGCGUGUCCUCCUCAACCACGUCCUGCUGGUCCUCCCGAUAAUCCUUCUCUCGCACCCGCUCUUUUCCUGGCUCGGCUGCGAAACGUCGCCCUCCGCCCUGCCGUCCCUCCCGACGCUCCUGCUCCAGCUGGCCUUCUUCUUCCUAGUCGAGGACUGGGCCUUCUACUGGGGUCACCGCGCCCUGCAUUCCCCCUUCCUGUACACACACGUGCACGCCGUGCACCACGUGCACGCCGCGCCGUUCGGCAUCGCCGCGGAGUACGCGCACCCGUUCGAGGUCCUGUUCCUCGGCUUCGCCACCCUGCUCGGCCCGCUGCUGAUCUCCCCGCACCUCGCUACCAUAUACGUGUACCUCGCGGCGCGGUCCGUGCAGACGGUCGAGUGCCACUCCGGGUACGACUUGCCGUACAGCCCGAGGAAGUGGAUUCCGGGCUAUGGCGGCGCCGAGUUCCAUGACCACCACCAUCGUGUUCACUCUGGCAACUACUCGAGCACUUUUAUAUGGGCAGACUGGUUGUACGGCACUGAUGGCGCAUACCGUGUGUGGAGGGCUGCGGUUGCCAAGCUUCCGCCGGGCUCGCUCGAGCGCACGUAAGCCGGUGCCAUCGCCCCCCCCUCCGCAACCCUGUUUUUGUUCGUCGCCGCUGCCGCCGCCGCCGUCGUUCGCACGAGUGUAUACUAACGUAGAAUAGAGUCGCGCCCGGCGUCCCGGUUUCAGCCUCAAUCGUUUAGUAAGUCUCGUUAAGUAAGAAAGAAAGAAAGAAAGAAAAAAACGCCCAUGCACGCCGUGUUCCUCACGCGCUCCUCA